AGACGACAACAAUGUUAUUUCUCCAUACAUAUUUUAUUAGUGGUAGUCCUAUGCUUGAUAUGUGGGCUAAGGAGAAUUUUAUGUUUGUCCCUUCAGAUUUGAAUGGGUUCAAAGGAAACAAUUUUGUAAUUUCGCUUCCUCACGAUGCAAUUGGACCUUCUACAAGUCGGAAAGUUCCUUUGUAUUUUUGAAUGUUUGGAAGUUCCUGAUUCUUUCAUGCAGCUAAAAGGGCAACAACAAACAGGUCUAUAAACAAAGCACAUUAUCUUGCUCCUUCCAAUUCAUUUCCCUUUGCCAGCAUCUUAGAUAUCAUUGUUUAUUCCCUCCUUGAUCCUCUGUGUGGAACAAAGAGGCAAGAAGAAUAGGUCCUUUUUUGGUGGCGAAGGGGCAGUGCAAAAGUACAGCUCAUUCCUUGCACGACCGGUAGAUUCGAGUCAUGUGCAGCCCCUAAUUCCCUGAAUAUACGGAAAUCAGUUCCAAUUGAUGAGGAUAUCGGCAUCAGAUCACCCAAUGACUCAGAUUUGUCGGGUCAUUGAAGACCGAUGUUGUGCAGAGUCAUUUGGUUCACAUGCUCUCUGAUUUUGAAGAUAUGCCAUAAUCUGAAAAGAAGAUUGGAAGUGCCCACAUGUGAAUCUGUGAUAUGGUUUUCUCAGUCCUCAGUUUGUAUAGAUCUAUAUUGCACUGUUUGGGUGCUCGGAGCUUCUUUCUUCUAUACACACCUUCACGGAAGGAAGCACAAGUGUAUCAAACAGCCAAGUCCUCUCUCACACCCUACACUUAUAUCAGGAUGGAGUCUGGAGGAGUGAUUGCUGAAGCGGGCUGGGACUCGCUUGGCCUGACGUCGCAGGCUGAGGAGUCGGAGAUGAUGGAGCAGCUGCUUGGCACCUUCCCCUCCAACGGCGAGGAAGAACACCAGGAGCUACCUUGGUCUGUUCAGGCCACACAUGCAUACUAUGCCCACUGUAACGGUAGCUCUAAUGCAUACAGUUCCGCUAGUAGCAACAGUGUUGGUAGUCUCAUCCUUGAUGUGCCGUCGGAUUAUGGGGGCUUUUAUUUGGGCGACUCAAAUGGGAUCGGCUCCUGCACCGCCGCACUUGACCUGAACAUGGUUCAUGAGCAAGGUGCGGCUCAGUUUAUGGAUGCCAUCUUCAACCCUUCAUAUGGGAAUGGCGAUUCAAGCUGCGACAAUCUUGGAGACUCGAGCAUGAACUUGCUUGACUCCAUUGACACGUCCAACAAGAGAAAGCACCAGGAUCAAGGGAAAAUAGCUGACCAAACAAGUGGUCGGAAAUACUCAAGGAAGGCGGACUCGAAGCGGACAAAGAAGGCCAUGCAAUGUGAAGGCGACGAUGGCACCACUGCUGACACAAGCAAGCAAAGCUUGAGCUGCUGCACGUCUGAAAUUGACUCUAAUGCUUUUCAAGAGCCUCCUGUUGCCUCUAAGCCGAAGGGCAAGGCUCAGGCUGGCCGCCAGACAACCGAUCCCCAGAGCCUCUAUGCAAGGAAAAGAAGAGAAAAGAUCAAUGAGAGGCUGAAGGUACUACAGAACCUUGUUCCGAAUGGAACCAAAGUAGAUAUCAGCACUAUGCUUGAAGAGGCAGUGGAGUAUGUGAAGUUCUUGCAGCUUCAAAUCAAGCUCCUCAGCUCCGAUGAAAUGUGGAUGUAUGCGCCAAUUGCGUACAACGGGAUGAACAUUGGAAUCGACUUGAACCUCUCUCAGCACUGAUAGCACUUCUAACAGUCUAAAAAGCAGCAACUAUAUACUUAAAAACGCAAUUUGGGUUAAUUGGCUCAAAAGUGUUUGUUACUAACGCGCAAGCGGUUUCUGAUCAAUAAGCUAUUCCUGGCAGUUGUAUCUCUCUCAGGCGUAAAUAAGGCCGAAUACAAUGUUCUCCACAAGCGUUUUUUGUAGCUCCGGUUACUAAAAGGAGUGGCAUUGUUUGGCCCGAAAAAUACGUGAAGAAGACAGAUACUGAAUGUUGGAACUUGGAAGAGGCUCUGCAACUUGUGAAGACAAGGAAGGGCAACCUGUUCUUUUUCUCCUUACUUCAGAUGCGACUUCGCAUGAGAAGGCUGUGUCGUUUUUCUUCUUCUUUUUUCAGGUUUGCUCUAGUAGCAAAUUUGUGUCUUCACUGAAAUACAGUAUUUAUAGGGUAAUAUAAUGUGGUUAGCUGGAACUUGGCGGUUGUCAGACAGCUAAUAAUGCAAGAUCGUGGCAUGAUGUGGCAGUUGUCAUAUAACAUGUUUUGUAAUGAUUACUGUGAUCACAUCAUUUUCUGCUAUACAGUUUGUGUUGAAACCUCAA